GUUUGCCAACCGAAAAUAAACCUAAACAAAGAAGAAUAUGAGCACAUGACACUUGUACGGAAGCGCUGAGUGAUAAACAGACAACAACAAGAUGGCAUCACACCCGGGAGGAGGCGAUCAAGGCAUUACUAAAGACCAGUUACUGGAAGUAGGAGCCGUUUUGUUAAAAGAUUUCAUCUUCGAGCGUGUUCAGCGGCAUGGAGACGGCAAUACUGAAGUGACCAGGGCACAGCUGGGUGGAGGAGAGCUGUGUGACCCAAACCACAAGAAGCUUGCCCAGUGCCUGCAGCAGAUUGGAGAUGAGCUGGAUGGAAAUGUAGAGCUCCAAAGGAUGAUAAACAACUCUUCACUCAGUCCCACAAAAGACAUGUUUAUGAAAGUUGCCAUUGAGAUCUUUUCAGAUGGAAAAUUCAACUGGGGCAGGGUGGUUGCACUGUUCUACUUUGCCUGUCGACUCGUCAUCAAAGCUCUUGUGACCAAAGUUCCUGAUAUCAUCAGAACAAUAAUCAACUGGACCAUGGAAUACCUCCAAGAAAAUGUGAUCAACUGGAUCAGGGAGCAAGGUGGCUGGGAGGGUAUUCGAUCCCACUUUGGCACACCCACAUGGCAGACGGUGGGAGUUUUCUUGGCCGGUGUUCUCACCACUGUUCUAGUCAUUCGCAAGAUGUGAGGGGUUUGUGAAGAGAUGAAGAAGAAGUACGCGUGUGGGAAAUGGGGACUAGAACAUGAGAGAACAGAAAGAAGUUAUGGCAGAGUGAACAAGAUGAACAGGAAUGAGUUUGCAUUUGGACACAAAGAGCCACUCUUUGUUUCUGCCUCCCUGUUAUAUCCAAGGAUUGGGAGUUAGACUAAACGCACUAAUCGCUCCCAUGAUUCCUAUGCCACUGAGGAAGUGAGCCCAAAGUGUGCGGGGGGUCGG